GUCAAAGCGGCUCCAGAGCACAAGUUUGCAAACCAAAACAAAACAUAACCUCCGUAUUGUGCAGUGAAGAUUCGUUAUUUCAAGGAAAAGUACUUCUGCGCCGAAAACAGCGGAAAAAGUUGCCAGAAGAUUGUUUCUAAUCAGGGAGCCCAACGAUGGCCGAAUUGGAUAAAAUCGAAGUCCGGGAUGUAACUCGUAUCGAGCGUAUAGGAGCCCACUCGCACAUCAGAGGACUCGGGCUGGACGAUGUCCUGGAGGCCCGUGCCGUCUCGCAAGGAAUGGUUGGUCAGAAGGAGGCACGUCGUGCCGCAGGAAUCGUAGUGCAAAUGGUUCGUGAAGGAAAAAUUGCCGGUCGAUGUAUUCUGCUGGCGGGUGAACCUAGUACGGGAAAAACUGCAAUCGCUGUUGGUAUGGCGCAGGCGCUUGGGAAUGAAACUCCGUUCACCAGCAUGUCUGGCUCGGAAAUUUACUCGUUGGAAAUGAAUAAAACUGAAGCACUUUCACAAGCAUUGCGCAAAAGCAUCGGUGUUCGUAUUAAGGAGGAAACAGAGAUUAUAGAAGGAGAAGUUGUUGAGAUUCAGAUUGAUCGACCAGCUUCGGGUACCGGUCAAAAAGUUGGAAAGGUUACAAUCAAAACCACUGAUAUGGAAACGAAUUAUGACUUAGGCAAUAAAAUUAUUGAAUGCUUCAUGAAAGAGAAGAUACAGGCGGGAGAUGUAAUUACGAUUGAUAAAGCUUCCGGUAAAGUUAGCAAGCUCGGUAGAAGCUUUACUAGAGCGCGUGAUUACGACGCAACCGGAGCGCAGACAAGAUUCGUGCAGUGUCCUGAAGGCGAACUGCAGAAAAGAAAAGAGGUGGUCCACACUGUGACUUUGCACGAGAUCGAUGUUAUCAACAGCAGAACCCAUGGCUUCUUGGCCUUAUUCGCCGGUGAUACUGGAGAAAUUAAACAAGAAGUUCGUGACCAGAUCAACAGCAAGGUGUUGGAAUGGCGCGAAGAAGGCAAAGCAGAAAUCAACCCGGGGGUAUUGUUUAUAGAUGAAGCCCACAUGCUGGAUAUCGAGUGCUUCUCGUAUCUCAAUCGUGCACUGGAGAGCGACAUGGCUCCGGUUGUGGUGAUGGCUACCAACCGUGGUAUAACUAAGAUCCGAGGUACAACCUAUCGUAGUCCUCAUGGAAUACCAAUAGAUCUGCUCGAUCGAAUGAUCAUUAUCCGGACGGUUCCUUACACUGCAAAGGAGAUCAAAGAAAUUCUUAAGAUUCGCUGUGAAGAAGAAGAUUGCCAAAUCAACAACGAAGCUCUCAUGGUGCUGGGACGCAUAGCGACCGAAACAAGUCUGCGGUAUGCCAUUCAAUCCAUUACAACAGCCCAUCUGGUGAGCGUAAGACGCAAGGCGGCUGAAGUAACUGUAGAGGAUAUUCGCAAAGUUUAUUCGCUCUUUUUGGAUGAGAAACGUUCAAGUAAGAUAAUGAAAGAAUAUCAGGAUGAAUACAUGUUUUACGAUGAUAGCUUGCCUCAAGCUGAACAAGCGAUGGAGGUGGAAACAGGUUAACAUGCUGGAAGGUGAGAAAUGAAUAUAAGAAUUUGGGUCUCAUUCCAUUCAUAAUGUCUAAUAUUUCACAAAGAUAGCUUAUCGAGGUGUAAUCCAAUAAAUUCAAGAAAUGCUUC